ACCCGAAAGUCACUUCACUCCGAGCUGAACAAAGACCUCGAGGGAAGAGAGGAGGAAGAAUGAAGUGAAGAGGAAGAAGAGGAGGAAGAGGAGGAGGAGGAGGAGAGCCGUUCACUCCCAUUGAUCCUGCACCGAGGGCGGCUGUGGUAAAGAUGCAGACUGCUGCUGCUGCUGCUGCUCUGGCUCUGACUGUCCUCUUCACCCUGGACGGCCUCAGUGCCCAGCGGUCCAAACCCAACACACAGAACCACGAGGACGGACACACUCACAACAAUGAGACCGAACCAGAGCAGAAGAAGAAGAAGCAGCCGCACAUCAUCUUCAUCCUCACAGACGACCAGGGCUUCAAUGACAUCGGCUACCACAACCCCACCAUCAAGACGCCCACUCUGGACAAACUGGCGGCGGAGGGAGUGACGCUGGAGAAUUACUACGUCCAGCCCAUCUGCACGCCGUCACGCAGCCAGCUCCUCACGGGCAGGUAUCAGAUCCACACAGGACUGCAGCACUCCAUCAUCCGGCCACGCCAGCCGAGCUGUCUGCCCUCGCACAUGGACACGCUGCCCGAGCGGCUCCGGGAGGCCGGCUACACCACACACAUGGUCGGCAAGUGGCACCUGGGCUUCUACAGGAAAGCGUGUCUGCCGACCAGAAAGGGUUUCGACAGCUUCUUCGGUUCUUUAACAGGAAGUGUGGAUUACUACAGUUACGGGUCGUGCGACGGCCCGGGACUGUGCGGGUACGACCUCCACGAGGACGAGGGCGUGGCCUGGGGUCACGAGGGGAGGUACUCCACCACGCUGUUCACGCAGAAAGCCCGAAAGAUCCUGGAGAGCCACGACCCGGCGGGCAGGCCACUCUUCCUGCUGCUCUCCCUGCAGGCCGUCCACACCCCCCUCCAGCCUCCCAAGUCCUACAUCUACCCCUACAGGGACAUGGCCAACGUGGCCAGGAGGAAAUACGCCGCCAUGGUGUCCACGGUGGACGAGUCGGUCCGGAACCUCACCUACGCUCUCAGGAAGUACGGCUACUACAAGAACAGCGUCAUCAUCUACUCCACGGACAACGGGGCCCAGCCGUUCACCGGAGGAAGCAACUGGCCGCUGAGGGGCCGCAAGGGCACGUACUGGGAGGGGGGGGUCCGCGGCGUGGCCUUCGUGCACAGUCCUCUGCUGAGACGCAGGAGACGAGUCUCCAAAGCUCUGCUCCACAUCACAGACUGGUUCCCCACCCUGGUGGGUCUGGCUGGAGGAAACAUCAGCCAGAGUCGAGGCCUGGACGGUUUCGACGUGUGGUCGACCAUCAGUGAGGGGACGGAGUCGCCUCGUCAGGAGAUCCUUCACAACAUCGACCCGCUGCACAGAGCGCCGGCUCAAACCAUGAAGUGGGACGACGACACCGACGGAGACUCAGGACGCUCAUCGAAAACUCAGACAUUCAAGAAGCCCAAGAAGAAGAAGAAGAAGAUUCUGAAGAUGAAACAGAAGCAGAAGUCAGCGUUUAAGGUCAAGAGAACAAAGAAACCAAAGUCCAAACUCAAAGUUAAACCGCUCCCAAAAAAGAAGCCCAAACCCAAACCUCCGACCAAGGACUACGCUCAGCUUCAGUCCGAUCACAGGUUCAAGUCCCGCUCCGCCCGUCUUCCACCCGCGUCGGGAACAUCUGACCCCAAGUCUCAGCCUCGGGUCCGGUCAACUUUAACCCCCAAGUCCAGACGGACCACAUCCCAGAAGCAGAACUCGGGUUCCAUUCAGCCAAAAUCCAAGACUCAGCUCAAAUUACACUUAAAGUCCAAGUCCAGGAGGACGGUGUCCCAGCACCUGAACCAGUCCCAGACUGGGACGUCCCCCCCCACAGUCCAGUUCACCCCUGAGCCCUGGCAGACGGUUUGGGACUCGUCGGUCCAGGCUGCCAUCCGGGUCGGGGACUGGAAGCUGCUGACGGGAGACCCAGGUCACGGAGACUGGGUCCCGCCUCAGGUUCUCUCCACCCUCCCUGGUCGCUGGUGGAACCUCGAACGCACCUUCCCGUCCCUCCACAAAUCCUCCGCCCACAAAAACAUCUGGCUGUUCAACAUCAGCGGCGACCCGUACGAGCGGCAGGACGUGGCGGACCAGAGGCCAGAUGUGGUCCAACAGCUGCUGGCCCGGCUGGCCUACUACAACCAGACGGCCGUGCCGGUUUACUUCCCGCCCGACGACCCUCGAGCAAACCCCGGUCAGCACGGCGGCGCCUGGGUGCCCUGGGUGGACGAGGACGAGGAAGAGGAGGGGAAGUAUCAGGGGGUUUACAAGAAAGGGAAGAGCAGCAAGAAGAAGAGGAAGAAGACGAGGUGCCGGCUGUGCAAGCUGAAGUCCUUCUUCCUGAAGCUGAACACCGGGAUGAUGUCCAACCGGAUCUGAGGCUUCUCCUCACGCCAGGAACCUGACUU